CAUUAUGUUGGCAACUAUGUUGCAAUGGAUAUAGUUGUGCGGAGUAAAAGAUGGUAAAGGAGUAGAAAUGAAUUCGAAACAGAGUAAUAGGUGACGUUAUCUUGACGUUUUUAACUGUGGCUUGCAGUGUUUGAAAUGCUGUCGAAUGUUUGAUUACGCAUGCAGGUUUUGUGUAACGCAUUCAGAGAGUAAAGGGGAUCAAGGGACGGCAAUAUUAUUCGCAAGAAUGUCGUCACCUAGCGCAGGGAAAAGACGAAUGGACACUGAUGUUAUCAAGCUCAUAGAAAGUAAACAUGAAGUUACCAUUCUUGGAGGCUUAAAUGAAUUUUGUGUCAAGUUCUAUGGGCCUCGGGGAACACCCUAUGAAGGUGGAAUAUGGAAAGUAAGAGUUCAUUUACCUGAACACUAUCCUUUCAAAUCGCCUUCAAUUGGGUUCAUGAAUAAAGUUUAUCAUCCAAAUAUAGAUGAAGUGUCUGGGACAGUUUGCCUUGAUGUAAUCAAUCAAGCAUGGACAGCCUUGUAUGACUUGUCAAAUAUUUUUGAGUCGUUCCUGCCUCAGUUGCUAACAUAUCCAAAUCCUAUUGACCCAUUGAAUGGAGAUGCAGCAGCUAUGUACUUACACAAACCAGAAGAUUACAAGAAGAAAGUACAAGAAUAUGUGCGUAAGUAUGCUACAGAAGAAGCUCUCCGGGAACAGGAAAAUCAAGGUGUGUCAUCUGACAGUGAGUCAUCCAUGUCAGACUUCAGUGAAGAUGAAGCUCAAGACAUGGAAUUAUAACAUAAACUUUAUUAUUGGCUGUCUUAGCUGAUCUAUGAAGUGUACAUUGAUCAGAAGUGUGCAAACAGUUGGACAGCCUGUCAGGGAGUUGACAUUUAACACUAAAUAAAUAAUAGACAUUAAUAUAGGUAUGUUGCUGCAUCACUUUUAAUGACUGCAGCAUUUUGUAACAAUGAUGUGCUGCUGAGCUUACGGGAACUAGAGAAAGGAAAACAACCUGGCAGAACAUCUUAUAGAAUAUUUUGUAGAAAUAACAGAUUCAUAUAUAAUUUUAUUUCACUAAUGCUUGUACAUACAAUAAAGUUUUGUGUAUUAAAUAAUUUGUAAAUAAAUUUAAGUUCAUAUUCUGUUAUGUAGCCUCACCAUAUUUACAUUUAACUUGCUCUUUUUGUACAUAAUUCAUCCAGAGAUAUUUAUUUAUUCCGCUAAAAUGCCUAAAAUUGUAAGGUUAUCUUACUUUAUGUAAACAAUCUUAUUUCUGUUGUAAUCAGAUCUUAAGUUUUAUUGCUUUUUAUGUUAGUGUCAUGUUCAUAAAUAUUAUUAUUGUAAUGUGAAACAGGAAUACAAGAAAAUUUAUUGCGUAAUACAGGAUGAAUUUUUCGCUAAGGUUUUAACUCUGUUACGGAGUGAUUUCCUCCAUAGUAAAUGCUACACACUAAUUAACUCUUAACUAGGCAUUAAACUUAUUUUUCUUCAUCCGUUUGUUUCUGUAAAAGUAUUGUUUAGAUUGGUUCAGCGGCAAUGAAGAAACUAAAUGAGAUGGGUCAGUACAUUCUCAUUUGUUUUUCAAAGUUGUGUGUGUUUUUGUGUGUGUGUGUUUGUGUGUUUGUCUGUUUGUCUGUUUGAGGGGGGGGGGGGGGGGGUGCACUACGAGCAGUGAACAGCUUAUGACCAACUGUGAUAAAGUGUCUGGAGCAUAAAAUCCAUGUAGACAGUGAGUCCUAUAAAAUUUCAGCUCAGAAGUUUGUUAACCACUGUGUCAGAACUGGAAUAUAGUUAUCAGAGCUGACCUUGAAGGUUGUGCACAUACUUGCCUAAUUAGUUUUGGGUUUUGGUAAAUAAUUGGAUAGGUUUACUCCAGGUAACUGAUCUAAGUAGAGUACUUUUCAUACAUAAGUAAGAUACUCAGAUAGUACUUAGUUGUCUCAGCAAUUUUAUGAAGUGGAGACAUAUGAUAAAGUUUUUAUGAUAACUGCUGCAAAGAAAAAUGGAGAAAACGGCCUUUGACCCAAACAUUUAACAAGUGACUUGCACAUAAUAUUGUUAAUUUUCAGUUGCGAAGGAAAAAAAAAACUUUUGAACAAUACAAACAUGGUAAAAUUUAUUUGAUCACAAGUGAAAGAAAAAAAACUAGUUAUGUUCAGUAAGAGUACAGAAUUAAUCUAGAUAUUUGUUUCCUCUGCUAAAAGGAGGAAACUGCAUUGACAUGAAUUUUCAGUUUAUUGCAUUGAUUUAAUAUUUAUUGGAAGCAAUGGUAAAAAUGUCCUUAAGAGAUGAGGCAGUUUAUACAGUGUCUAAUAAUUGAGGCUGCCAAAAGAAAAGCUAUUGAAAAGCAAAUAAUACUUGAAGUGGACGUCUUGAGCAUUGAAAACAUUAACACGUUGACUGCCACAAAGCUGCUGGUGGACACAACAGAGCUUCACACAUGAUGCUGUGUUCCUGCCGAUGGCCACAAGGUCCACUCUGUUUAGGAAAGUACAUCUUCGAAUGGAAUGUUUGUAAUACACACAGUUACAUGUGACUUGUUGAGAAAACAUACACUGUAGACAAAUGUGGUCUGUAAAUAUGAUCUUGGGUGGAGAGGAAUUAUCAGCUUAGUCAGUGUCACAAUUGUGACUUCUUACAGUUGUACUUGCUGCAUAUUUAUUGCAGUCCAUUGCCUUCACCGUUAUCAACACAAUCAUUGUCAUCAGUGUUGCCACACUCUGUUGUCCACAAGUGUCUCUCUUUUUCUUUAGAAAACUCUGAUAAUGCAUGACCACUGACAUUAAAAUCCGAUUCUUCCAACUUCUUUAAAUAAUUCUUAAUCUUUGAAACCAUUUGUUUAUUGACAUUUACAGUGUUGUGCUGUUCAGCUGGUUGAUGAUACAGGAUCUGUUUGAGCUAAAACCAUUUAUGCUCUUAUUAUAUGAUAAAGCAAGUGUCAUUGUUUGUACCAAAAUAUAAAUUGGCAUGCAGAUUUAUAAUGGAUGUAGAGCAACAUUGAAAUUUUGUAGGCAUUUGUAAUAAAAAUUGUUGCAAAAUAAAAAAAAGUUGAAAAAGAUAUUUUACCUGAUUUCCUAUAUAUUGUUGUCAAUCAGGAAAUUUAUAUUAAUUCUCGAUACUGUGCUAAACAAAGUGGAACGUGUUGCUGCUGGCAGAUAUGGCGUAAGGCAGAAGGCUCUGCUGUGUCCACUGAUGGUUUUGUGGCAUUAUUUAUAAUGUUUUCCUGGUGAUAUUGUUGCUGAGAGAAUAAUUAUGAGCCCAGUAUCUUCUGAGUUAUCUUCGAAAUUUUCCUAAGAAGGGUUUGCUACUUUUUGCACCAGAACAGACAAACAACUGUGUGUGUGUGUGUGUGUGUGUGUGUGUGUGUGUGUGAGAGAGAGAGAGAGAGAGAGAGAGAGAGAGAGAGAGAGAGAGAGAAAAUAUUAAUGAAUUUCAGACUUAAUUCCUUGAGGCCCUGUCUUGAAGCCUAGUCAAGAGUUAAUAUUGCAACAUAUUAUGAUUGUUAAUAUUGCAAUAUUUUAUGUUUGUUAUGUUGACUGCAGUUUACAAUAUUAAGGUAACUGUUGAACAAUAAUUAACUCACAUUGAUUUGUGGAAAGUUAUAAUUUUAGUCUUUGUAGUAACUUGUUUACUAUUGACUAUUGUUGUGCAUUUUAUUGUGAGUUGAGAUAUGUGGGAUUACUUAAAAAGUUAAUUUUCUGACAGUUUUAUGUCCAGUUAAUUGUAAUUAAUACUCUGAAAGAAAAAUAUCAGAUUGUAAGAAAUUGUUAAAAACGGAUCUGGGAAUGUUUUUUUUCCCCCAAAAAAAGAAAUAGUGAAUGUCUAUAUAAAACACCAAACUGUGAAUAAGUUUACUGUAUGAGAAAAAGAAACAAGCUAAAAAUUACAAUUCUGUAAACAGGAGGGUUUAUCGGGUGAAAAUGUUACAUUACGGCGAGAGAUACAACUUGUGAAUGCGUAAUAGUUAUUUUACACAAAUUAGGAGAUGGAAAUUGCACAUAGAGUACAGGUCAGUGAUUUAAAAGAAAGAUUAUUGAAUUAAUUAGUUCCAUAUAUGAGAAUAAUUUAUAAAUGUACAUGGGGGGGUUGGGGGGGGGGGGUGUUAUAUAGUAGACAAGAAGCUGACCUCCCCCCCCCUCCGCACACCACACCACUUUGUAAUUUUGUUGGUGGGUGAGCACAGCUGCAGUACAAGGAGGAUAUAAAUGUUCCAAUAAAUCUUUUUCCCCUACUAUUGAUAAAUAAAACUUUUCAGCAAAGAUUACCAUUUAGUAGAAUAUAUUCUGAGGUGGUCAGAGUUGAAAAUGUAAACACAAAAGUUGAAUUGGUGUAAGUGAAGAGCCUAUGCAACACGUUGCUGCUACAGUUUUAUUGCUGUGUUUAUGAAAUUUACUAAGAAACUAAAGUUAAAUUGAGGAUGUAUAAAAUAACUUUAUAAUUACAAGAAGUACACAAGAUUGUGCCAGGAAAUCAGGCUAGCAUGACUUAGUGGGGAGGGCAUUGAAUAGUUAUUGUAAAAUGACACAGUACUUCCUGAAAAAGUUUUCUUUUGCUCUGUUUAAAUUUGGUGCAUCAUGCACUAUUAUAUAAGACAAAGAAUUCUGAAAUAGUAUUUCUCUCUGUUCCUCCCCUUCUGUUAACCAUAUAAUCAUAUAAUUAGACUUAGCAAAUGAAAAUAUUGAAUUUAUAUAAAGUAGGAAGGUGGUUCAUUUCAUUCUAUCCAUUGGCUAAUUGUAAUGAAAGGCUUUUACCACAAUCAGUUAGUUUGUCUGAUUGCAUAAAUAAUGAACAACAGAAGGAAAUCAGUGUCUGUAUACAACUAUAAUUUAUUUAACAAUGAUCCAAGAGUGAUGUUUCAUCAUCCUGUUAAUAUCCAACAGUACUGUGUUAAUUACUUUCUCUAUUCAGUUUUUUCUUUCACCUGAAUUUGAAUUUCAUUGUGUGGUAAAAUGUGAAGAACAUUACGAUUUUUGGAGAAAAAUGGUAAUUGUUGGUGCACAUGUAGCAGUAAUGAGAUUUUUGUCACAUUCACAGGUGCAUUGAGCCAGCUUUAAAGGCAGAGGUUGUCAGCUUUCAAGUCCAUUUUCUUCAGAAAAUUGACAUGUAUUGAGUUGUUAUUAAGCUCCCAUGUUUUCAUUCAGGUAGGAAUGUGAAGAAUGAGUGGGUUAGAUAUGUAAGAGCUUAUUUAUGUAAACAUGAGAAUAUUUAGUGUGACAAUGUAAUUUAAUGCAUUCAGCAUGCAAGUUGGGUGGGGGGGGGGGGGGGGGGGUUACAAGUGUUUCACUGUCAUAAUUAAUAUCAACUAAAGUGUCAUUUUUAGGGUCCUCUGAUAUGCGAUAAAUGCACAGCAAUAUCAAUAUUUUUAACUUACUUGACAUUUUAUCAGAAAUAAUUCUACACUGUUAUAAAUGUAAAAUAGAGCUGAUUAAUGCAGACAGGUGUUUUCGUAUGAUAUGCUCGUCUUAUGCAGUUCAAGUUACAUCUAGAAUUGAAUCAGUAGAUGAGUGUGGAGAUCUUAAAUCUAUGUAAUACCAGUAGUCAUUGUUUUGUGAUGUAAUGCUCAGUACUGAUAAAAGUUGUGUAAGUCAGUAAGCAGAAGAAAUGUACCUUAGAAAUAAGUGGACCACAGUGAGUCUUACCAAUUGGUGAGAGAGAAGCUCUCAAUAUUUCUUUUUGAAUUUAUUGUACCGUUUAAUAAACUAUGUUCUUCAUCAACAUUGUGAGUAAAGUUGUCUAUUUAUGGAAAAAUUAAUAUUUUAUAUAAACUUUUAUUUUUGUUGUUGUUCAUAUCUGUUGUUGAAAUUUUGUAGUGAAAUAUUGUAAUGGCACAGUAUGAAAUUGCUCUGCCUAAAAGCUAAAAAUAAUACCUCUUUGUCUGAAAACCUUAGGUAAUACAUCUCAUUGCACACGUGAAUCUUUUUGUUCAUUUAAUUUUACAUGUAACAGAAUGCAAUUCAAAUGAAAGAAAGCUAGUCAGAUUUGUGUUACUCUGUAUACAGUAUGUUCAGUUGUUACAAUGUAAUCAUUUAUACAAGUGGUGGUACCUUUCCUUGUACUACAAAACAGUACACACAAAUUUUGUUCAUCUUAAUGUUGAUGUGUGUAAGUGUAUCAGGUAAUUCUGUUCCUGCCAUUUGUCAUGCUUUCACUGUGAUGACAAAAAUCUACCACUAAUUUUUGUGCAAAAUAAUAAAUUAUUAAAUUUCCACAGUUUUGUACUGUUGGAAUCAUUCUUCUACACAUCAUCACAAUAUAUCAGGUAUGAUCUGUAUAGUCAUUAUAAAGCAUGGAGUGUGCCCAUAUUAAACAGAUUUCUUUGUGUGCCUUUGUGUUCUAGAGCUCUAAGGUGGAAUAUGGCAGUUUCAUUGUAGAUAAUAAGAAUUUUGUGGAUGCAUAAUAAUUAUUCCUGGAUUAUUAUUGUGUGGUUAGGAUUGUUUGUAUGAUAAAUAACUAAUGAGUGAGAUGUAUUAAUCCCAUAGAAAUUUUUGUAAUACAAUAAUGAAAGACAGUUUACAAACUUAAGAUUGUCAUUGAUGAACCUUGCAAUCCCUGUUGUGCAUUAUUCAAAAUUUGUUUUUAGAAUUGUUUAACAAUUAUUUAUGACUUCUGUCUGUUGGUGAGGCUUUAGUUGGAGGUGUUAUAAUUACGCAUCAUUCUGUCUAUUUAUAGUCGACAGCAGGCAUUUCGUCCAAAAGUGCACCACAGGGUCCUUACAUGUAGUAAUUAUGUUGCUACCUCUCUGCCUCCCCCUUUAUACUACCAUGGAUUUUAUUCUAUUUAAUACUUUACACACUACAUGGUAUUCUCUAGAGAACUGUUGAAUCAUAGCAAAACAGAAAACUGUUGUUCCCUGAUACAUUGUUUACUUGACAGUACCAACAAUAUAUAUAUAUAUAUAUAUAUAUAUAUAAUGAAGUCAGUAUCAUCUUCAGAAUCCAAAAAUUUCUAAUUGCAGUGUAAACUUUGGCUGAAGUCAUUUCCGCAACAGUUUCCAUUGACAAACGUAUUCUAUGGAGCUUUUUUAAAAUACUUUUUUACUUAAUUGGUUUUAUUUUGCUCAUGAUAGUUUGCUGCAUUAAUAUGUGUUGUGGGUUUGUGUUAUGUGAGGUAAUACCUCAAUCUCCCAAAUUGUUCAUAUAUAAGAACUUAUUGCAGUGUUAUUUUUUGUUCUGUGGCCACCUUGCAUCAUUCUCAUUUUGUUACAGCAUUUACAAAAAUUUACUGUCUGUGAAUGAAAACUAAUAUUUAUAAUGUUAAAAUUCUGUAAGAGAAGGCGUUGGUCAAAUUACACUGGCAAAGUCUUAACAGCCAAAUGUUAUAAAAUAGAAACCUUUUCAGUGGUAACAGAAAGAAAAGUGAUGACAGAUCCUGGCUUUACUGAUAAAUGUCAUUUUGCUGUUAAAGACUGUGUAUUUCUAGUUAUGCUUUUCCCCCUGUCAUUUUAAGCCUUUAGUUUUGUUUUGUGUAAAGCUUUUGGUUUGCAAACUUUCAUCUGACUAAGGAAAAACUUGAUGGAACCUAAGUUUAAUCCUUAGUUACGCCAUAUAUUGUGCCAAUAAGCAAGUCUCAUAAAUAAAAAUAAAAAAAAUCAGUUUUCUGUAAAAUAUAUUAGUAAGUAUCACUUUCCACAUGAAAGUAAUGUUGACAUUUAGGAACCCCACAUCAUAGAUUGCAGUCCCACCUCCCCCAUUCAAAACAUGCAAGCAGUUGCAUGUACUUCUAAAAGUAGUGUGAUUCCUAGUUACAGAAACCAAUUAGCAGAGCACAGAUACUCAUUCAUUACUUAACACCUGUACAUCACAUUUGUAGCCACUAUUUGGACGCAAAUAAAAAUGACAGUUCGAUGCAUACUUAAGCGAAAAAGUUACAUUUUUCUAGAGACCAACACUGAAUCCUUACAUACCUUGCUAAUAGAUUUGAAGGCUGUAGUCAGUGACAAUCUGAAUGUAGUUGUAUGAUCCAGUGGUUGCAAAGUGGUGACACCUGGUUUCAUUAGUAGAGGCCUUGUAUCAACACAGUUUUUAGCAGUAGCCCAUGUAUUGCUAUGCUGAAAAUGGCAUCAAAUAGUGAUCUUAGGUACUUUUUUGUGUUAUCUCUUUCACAUGUUUGCUACACUAAAUUACAAAUAUUUAUGUAGGAUUACUUUGUUUCUCUGAAAAAAAAAAUUAUUUUGUAUUAAAUAGACAGUUCCUAAUAAGUGUACUGCUGUUGUCAUAUCAUACUGAUAGUGCCCAAUACAAUGAACUGCUCUUGUAGUUCAUGCUUAUAUAUGCAAGUGCCUUUUACAAUUCAUUAAUUUCUUAAAUGUGGUGCAUACCAAUUACAAAAUUGUAUUUUACUGAGGUAUUUGUACCACUUUUGUUUCUGUGUCAUCUUUUAGAAACGUGUAGCAGUAUAUCACUUCUUCUUUGUAAUAAAAUGUGCUAAUUAAGGAAAUCUUUGGUUUUCUGCCAAUUUGAAAGCAAAAACUAAUGCAACAUAUAGAGAAGAGUUUGUCACCAUUCUAUGUUGUUGUUUUGUGUUGAGAUAUAGCACUUUUAAUCAGCCUCCAAGCUGCUUAAUGCUGAGCAGACACACAAAAAAGCUGUUGAAUAUCUAAAACUUCUUUGCUGUGUGGUCUAUAUCAAACACCUGAAGCCCUAUUGCUAUAUCUGCAGUAACAUGAAAUGGGGGGAAAGGCCCUAAAUCCUUAACUGUGAGACAGUGUUUCUUAGUUUGGGAACCCGAGAGUAAUGGCAAAGUUACAUGAGAAAACUUAGACAGGAAAUUGGAGCGAGAGACCCAAGGUGCAGCAGAUGAUAUGAAUUAUAAUGUGUAGUUUCAAUAUUUUGUCUUGGUAGUUGUGUAUUAGAAAUGUUGUGUUCUAUAUGCAGCAGAUAGCUGUUAGAAAAAUGUAUUUGAAGUCUUUCUGACUUAUUUCAUAGGUUGAGAUGUAUUUUCAAUAUUUUGAGAUGGCUGAGAACCUUAGAAGAUUUUCUUAAUUCAGCCCAACAAGAAAACCUUGUAUAUAUAAUGUUUUGAGAUGAUAUUGUAUAGUGCUUCCUGAAAUUAUGUUGUCAUUACACAACGAUUUCUUGUUUGCAAAUUUAGUUAUAUCAAGGCAACGAGUUUUCAGGAGUGAAAAUAUAAUAUGCAUGCAUGUGUCCAUCAGAAAAAGUAAAUAAAUAAAAUGUAGUCACACAUGUAGCAUGCAAUGAGUGUAUAGUAGAUAUAUUCUUUAUAGAAUUAAAAGUUGAAUCUCAUCCUGUCGUGUAGCCACAGUGCAAAAUGAAACUAUAACAAUUAAUGCUGCCACUGCCACUAGAAUCUGGAUAUAAACAGAGUUGUUGAUGUGAAGAUGUGAGUUUAUAAUCUAUGUUUUUGUGACUCUUUGCUUAAAGUUGUCCGGUGUAGUAAGUACAGAAACACAGAAGGUAAAUGAAUUUUAAUCUUAUGGCUGCGUAUGCAGCCCUGUUAUUUUAGUGAUGAAUCAGAAGUAAUACUUUAUGUAAUAGUGUGAUCAGAAAGUUGUUUCUAAUUAAAGUUUUAGUUAUUCUCAGAAUGUA